GGUCCGGGUAGGAGUCCAACAAAGAUGAAGACUGUAGUGUUGUUGUUAAAUUUGGCAGUGACCUGUUUCGGAGCCGUUCCUCGAGCAGACUUGCGUAUUGUAGGUGGCCGGGAUACGACUAUCGAGGAUCAUCCGUAUCAGGUUUCGUUGCGCCGCUCCGGAUCCCAUAGUUGCGGUGGUUCUAUCCUCAGCGCAAAUGUUAUCCUGACGGCAGCUCAUUGUGUUUACUAUCCCAAUGCUGAACCCAGUGAGUUCUCUGUUCGUGCGGGAUCCACAUUUCGGAAUGAAGGAGGUCAACUGGUGAUGAUAUCGGAGAUUUUCGUUCAUCCGAACUACGACGAUUGGACGUUGGAUUGGGACAUUGCAGUGUUACGAUUAGGACAGGCCCUGACCUUUGGUGCGACGAUUCAACCAAUUACACUGCCAAAUAAGUCAUUCCAAAUAGAGCAGGGAGCUCUGGCGUCAAUUGCCGGUUGGGGUGGACUCUAUUAUCAAGGACCAAGCACGAACCGUUUACAGAAAGUGGCUGUGCCAAUUGUGAGAAAUGUGGCCUGCAGAAAGGCAUACGCAAACUUUGGUGCUAUUCUUCCAUUUCAUCUGUGUGCUGGUAGUGCCGGUUUCGAUGCAUGUCAGGGUGACUCCGGUGGUCCUCUGGUUUACAAAGGUCAAGUGAUUGGCAUUGUUUCCUGGGGAUACGGUUGUGCGUUCAAUGGUUACCCAACGGUCUACACACGCGUUUCCGAGUUUGUCGAUUUCAUCGAGGAACAUCUGUAAAAUCGAAAGUUACAGCGAGUUAUAAUUACGUGUCAGUUUUUAAAAUAGCAUAAUAAAUGUGGAUCACUUUUGUGAUACUAUUAUAAGGUUUUCCAUGUGAUAGACUGUUACCAAAAGUGAAUAGAAAAUACA